UGCCUCGAAUUCCCUCCACACAUUUUUUAUUCAGCCUUCCCCGGGGCAGAUGCGACACUGUUUCCCAACCAUGCCUGCGCUGUGGAGAGCCAUGCUGCUGUGGAUUUGUGUCUGCGUCUGGCUUCCAGCUCAGGCCCGGGGAGCCCUGGUCGUUUCUCGCAGAAAUGCUCUCUCACAGGAGACCGAAGAAGCCAUGGGCCCCAGGUUAUUAACGAAAAGAAGCACAAGCUCUGUGAAUAUGGUGGAGGUGUUCAGUGUGAAAGUGGACUGCACGGUGAUGUCUCGUUUCGCCCACACCGUCAUGACCUCCAGGGCUCUGAACAAGGCAAACUCCUCACAGGAAAUCUUCUUUGAAGUGGACCUGCCCAAGACGGCCUUCAUCGUCAACUUCAGCAUGGAAAUUGAUGGGGAGGUGUAUGUUGGGGAGGUGAAGGAGAAAGAGAAAGCCAAGAAACAGUAUGAGAAGGCUGUUUCCUCUGGACACACUGCUGGACUGGUCAAAGCUUCUGGGAGGACGAUGGAGAAGUUUUCAGUGUCUGUCAACAUCGCAGCCAAAAGCAACGUGACUUUCAUUCUGACCUACGAGGAGCUCCUUCAGAGGAAACUGGGCCAGUAUGAGAUUCUGACUCGAGUUAAACCCAAACAACCAGUGCAGGAGUUUCAGAUUGUGACAAACAUCUAUGAGCCCCAGGGCAUUGCUUUUGUUGAGGCCACUGCAACCUUCCUCUCCAAUGAGCUGCUCCCCCUGGUGGAGAAAACCGUCACAGACACAAAGGCACACAUCUCUUUCUCACCAACACUGGAGCAGCAGAGGAAAUGUCCAGGAUGUGAAGGCACCAUAAUUGAUGGAGAUUUCAUCAUCAAGUACGAUGUGAAACGAAGAGAGGGCCUUGGGGAACUUCAGAUUGUGAACGGAUACUUUGUGCACUUCUUUGCUCCACCUGACCUGCCCAGAGUCCCAAAGAAUGUGGCGUUUGUGAUUGACAGGAGCGGAUCAAUGAGUGGAACAAAGAUGGCACAGACCCGCGAUGCACUGGUGGCCAUUCUGAAAGACCUCCACGAAGAGGACCACUUUGCUCUGAUCCUGUUUGAUGAUGAAAUUACCACCUGGAAGGACUCUCUUACCAAAGCAACAAAGGGAAAUGUGGAGAAAGCCAUUGCCUACAUCAGGAAACUAAGAGACAAUGGAAGCACCAAUAUCAAUGACGCUGUACUGAGGGCAGUGAGCAUGCUGGAGAGAGAAAGACGAGACAAGAACCUUCCAGAGAGGAGUGCGGACAUGAUUAUUUUACUGACUGAUGGGAUGCCAAACAGCGGGGAGUCCAACCUGAAGAAGAUUCAGGAGAAUGUGGGCUCUGCUAUUGGAGGGAAGAUGACUUUGUUCUCUCUUGGAUUUGGAAAUGAUGUGGAUUACUCCUUCCUGGAUGUGAUGUCCAGACAAAACAAAGGAGUAGCCCGCAGGAUCUUUGAGGGUUCAGAUGCAGCUGUUCAACUCCAGGGUUUCUAUGAGGAGGUGGCCAGCCCUCUGCUCUUGGAGGUAGACCUGCGUUAUCCUGACCAAGCAGUGGGCUUCUUGACCAAAAACAACUACAGCCAGUUGUUUAACGGCUCAGAGAUCGUGGUGGCCGGUCGGCUGACGGACAGUGACAUGGAUAACUUCCUGGUGGAGGUGUUCGCCCAGGGGCCGAAGGAAAACUUCCAGGUGCAGGGAAAGGCCAGUGUGGUAAACUUGGAUGUGAUCUACCCAGACCAGGAGUACAUCUUUGGGGAUUUCUCAGAGCGUCUGUGGGCCUACCUCACCAUCCAACAGCUACUGGAGAACCGUGACAUUGGUACUCAGCAAGAGAAAGACAAUGCAACAGCCAAGGUACUGGACUUGUCCCUGCGAUACAACUUUGUCACCCCUCUCACCUCCAUGGUGGUCACCAAGCCUGAAACUGAGGACGGACCAGUCGGCCCUCUCAUCGCUGAUAAACUGACUGAGGACCAGCGACAGAAAGCAGAGAGAACCAGUGGUUCCGGCGGCGGUGGUUCCAGUGCCGCCAGUUCCCGUAUUAGCAGUUCCCGUGGUGGCAGUUCCCAUAUUAGCAGUUCCAGUGGUAGCAGUUCCCGUGGUAGCAGCUCCCGUGGUAGCAGCUCCCGUGGUAGCAGUUUCCGUGGUGGCAGCUCCCGUGGUGGCAGUAGCCAAUCAGAUGUGGACGGAGAUCCUCACUUCAUGAUCGAGCUGCCAGAUAGAGAUGACGCUCUGUGCUUCAACAUCAACGACAAACCAGGAACCAUUUUCAACCUGGUUAGAGACCCAAAAUCAGGCUUUGUGGUGAACGGCCAAAUUAUUGGCAAGAAGAAAGUCGUUCAGGAUGGUAACAUCGACACCUACUUUGGCCGUUUUGGUAUCAUCCACCAGAAGCUGGGGCUGAGGCUCGAGGUGAGCACUCAGGACAUCAUCGUCUUCUACGAGGGCAAACAGAUCAAGCUGCUGUGGUCUGAUACGGCCUCUAUCAAAGAAACAAAUAUGGACUUCAGGUUAACUAAGAACUGCGAACUGACAGUGACGCUGAGGCACUCGGUUAGAUUUAUGGUCAUCAGACACACGAAGGUUUGGAAGAGACGCCACGACCAACAAGACUACCUAGGGUUCUACACCCUGGACAGCCACCACUUGUCUGCCUCUGUUCAUGGUCUGCUAGGUCAGUUCUACCACGGGGUUGGGUUUGAGGUGACAGACCUGCGUCCAGGUGAGGUCCAGGAGAAAUUAGAUGCCACCAUGUACGUGAAGGGACAAAUACUCAACGUGACCAGACACUGGCAGAAGGACUUCAGCAGGGAUGUGAAGAAUGGGGAAAGUAUUCCCUGUUGGUUUUUUAACAAUGAUGGAGCAGGCCUCGUUGAUGGAAGAGCCUCAGACUACAUUGUGUCUGGGCUUUUUAAGGCUACUUUUUGAAUCUUGAAAAGUCAAAAUCUCAGUGACAAUGCAAUGGGGCCACAUUAUUGUGGUUAGAGAUUGCACAUUACAGUGAGUCAGUGUGGAUUUACUGAUGACAUAAAUAAUAUGGUAGGUAAAGCUUUCCAAUAUUAGGCUGUCAUAGAAUUAUAUAAGUCUGAGUAUUUCACAUACCAAAUUAACUUUUCUACACUUCUUUGCAAUCAAAUCAAUAUUUUGCUGUACAUUUGUUUAGCCUCCUGUCAGUGCAGUACAGCCUGUACCUCGCUCAGCCCAGCAUAUUUGGGUUUAAUGUCUUUGCACUUUGGGUUCACUUCAAGGUAACAUGGGUGUGUACAUGACCUCGGCCACAACUGUAUGUGUUGUGCCUCACUCUGUGCUUUGGGAGCUGCACCUUGAUUCACAAAAAUGUUGCUUCAAAAAAGAGGACACUUCUACACUGGUGUAAAAACCCACUCACAUAGUAGUGUCAGACUACAGUCAUUUCUGCACUAAGUUGAAAAAAAUAUUCAAGUCAGUACUUAUGAAACCUUAGUGAUACUGUUUGCAUUAUGUUCAUUAAUGUUCCUCUACAUGUAUGCUUUAUAAAUUAUUUAUGGUGGAACAAUCAUUACUGACAGAUCCAGCAAUCCAAAAUUGAGUCACAUGUGACCGCUAUGUACUCACAUUUACUCCUGACACAGCUACAUGCAAGUCAUGAAAGGAAACACUUUCUAUACAUUUCAUCUGGGUGCCAUGCUUCAAGGAAUAUGUAUUGUUUUCCCGAAAGACAUUAGGAGAGAAAAGUGUCACUCUAAUGAUAAUAAAAAAGGGUCAUGAUUUAUCUUUGUUUCAUUUUUAACAACAAGCAACAAAUCUACCAAUGUGUUUUGAUAUAUAAAGCCUUUGUUAAUGGCCCUGAACGCCCAUGGUACACCCACACAGGUGAUUUCAAUUGACUAGCUAAUUAGUUGUCCUCUCUGGACUGCAUGGGCUUGAAGAGACAGACUUUUUUCACAGCAGACUUUUCAACUUGUCAACUCGUCAAGAGUAAGAAAAUCACUUACUAAUAACAUUAAUUGAGGCUCCACUCUAAGUGUCCCAGUAAGCCACAUCAGUGUGACAAUGAGCCACCAUGUACAAUACUCGGACUCUGAAGCUAAAUAAGCUAGAUGUCAGCCAUUGUUAAUGUUAUAAGUAUCUAAUUGUCAGGUAAUUGUUGAAAGUUUACAUUAGUUCUCAGUAGUAGUCUCUUCUUUUGUCAUUAUUUCACUAUUUCCAUUGAAGUCCCUGAAUGUCAUACAGUGGUGUGUGUUUCUUUUUUUUGUCAUUGUUCAAAGCUUUAUUGUUAAAUGGACGCAUUUUUGGCACGACUCAAAAUGUAACCACUCUGCCUGCCUCUGGAAAUGUUUGACCUCUACCUUUUGAGCUAUCAGACAUCCAAGCUGCAUUCUAAAUCACACACUUUAUUUUUUUACUUUCAGUACAGACUGCAGUUGCCCUUACAAAGUACGUACUGUUGCAGUAUUUCAUCAUUGUUAAACAGUCCAAAGGGAAAUGUCCUCUGUGUACCAAAUCUUUAUGAGUAUUGUUUUUACCACAGGAAGUAUUAUCAUAUAACACUUAAUUGGUGGUUUACACUUUGUAUUGCGUUAAUCAACCGUGGAGAAGAAAUAAAUAUGUUAAUAAAAGAGA